GGUUUUUAUUGAAGGACCAACAAAUAUCUUUCUCAAAAAACCUUUUAAACUUCAGACAGAAGCAAAUCUCAGAGUAGCUAGUUCUAUUAAAAAUCUAGAGCUGAGUAAGGAAACACCUCUACACAACUAG